GAAUUAAAAACUCCAUACAUCCAUUGACCUUCAGCGCCGUCGAUCUUUCCCGCUGCUUCCCGAACGCACGUCUCCAUCUGCAUCUCCUUUCUUAAAAUUUCUUUGUUGGCGUCGUCCACCUCGGAAUUGGUAUUUAAUCAAAUUAUCUCUUGCUUCUGCGCUCGCUUUGUGAGAUCCGAGCUCCAGGUUGAAGAAGAGGGUAAGAGAUGGCGAAGCUGUAUGUGGAGACGACGCCGCCGCCGGAUCUGAACAAGAACACAGAGUGGUUCAUGUACCCUGGAGUGUGGACGACCUACAUCCUCAUCUUAUUCUUCUCCUGGCUCCUCGUCCUUUCCGUCUUCGGAUGCACCCCUGGUACUGCCUGGACCAUCGUUAAUCUGGUCCACUUUGCGAUUACUUAUCAGUUUUUCCAUUGGAGGAAGGGAACUCCUUUUGCUGAAGACCAGGGUAUAUACAAUAAUUUGACAUGGUGGGAGCAAAUUGAUAAUGGCAAGCAACUUACACGGAACAGGAAGUUUUUGACUGUUGUUCCUGUGGUCUUAUACUUGAUAGCUUCGCACACAACUGACUACCAGCAACCAAUGCUCUUUCUGAAUACACUAGCAGUGAUUGUUUUGGUAGUCGCCAAGUUUCCAAACAUGCACAAGGUCCGUAUCUUUGGGAUCAACGCAGAUCGUUGAUCAGUAGUGGUCGCGAUUUUGGAUGAUAACUGGAUCCUCUAUACAGAAAAGCCUCUGGCAAAGGGGUUUAUAAUGUGUUGAGUUUUAGUUUUGUGAUUACUUGACUUUGUUGCCUAUCAAUGUACAGAACGACAUGUUGAUGCAACUAGGUAAUGUCAGACUUUCAAAACUGUUGCUCUUUGUGUAAUAAAGGUUUACGUAUUAGUAGUGUUCUUGCUCCUUUAUUGUUGUUAGGACAUAUUGGCAAGGCUUCAUGUCAGUUGUAGCUUCUCCAGUUCCCAACUGUUGGUCUAAUUACUCUCUAGCUCUACCUCACUGUUCAUGUCAAUAAGCGAAGCACGCAGAAAAAUAUCUCAUAUUCAACGGGAAAAUAUUGAUGGUAUAUUCAUAUGAUGGUACUAUCAGAAUCUCAGUACUAAGAUUGAUAAGAAAUAUAGAUCAUCUUGAUCUGUUGUUUG